UAUGUUAUGUGCUUACACUAGAAGGUGUCAACCAAACUUCUCAUUUGUCUCCCUCCAAACGUUCACAACAUGAGAAGUCAUCACACGCAUUCUUCGUUUUCCUUAUCCUUCAUCUUCUUUAUGUUCCUAUUCUUCAAUAUCUUCUCAUUCUCCACACCAAAACUCGAACCGGUAAAUCCUGGUCCAGUCGGAUCAUACCAUAAACGUAAACAACCAGUCUCAGCUAUUCUGGUUUUUGGAGAUUCAACCGUGGAUCCUGGGAAUAACAACUACAUCGAAACAGCAUUCAAGUGUAACUUUCCUCCUUAUGGACUCGAUUUCAAAAACAGCAUUCCCACCGGUAGAUUUUGUAAUGGUCGACUGGUGACAGAUUUCGUCGGUUCAUACAUCGGGGUGAAAGAAUUUGUGCCGGCAUAUUUGGACCCAAAUCUUGGAAUAAAUGACCUAAUGAGUGGAGUUAGCUUUGCUUCAGCUGGUUCUGGAUUUGAUCCCCUCACUCCAACCAUUGGUAACGUGAUAGACAUACCAACUCAACUGGAGCAUUUCAGAGAAUACAAGAGAAAAUUGGAGAGUAAAAUUGGAAAACAAAAUAUGGAAAAACACAUAAAAGAAGCUAUAUUUUGUGUCAGUGCAGGAACCAACGAUUUCGUCAUAAACUAUUUUUUGGUUCCAAUUCGAAGGAAAAGUUUCACUAUUGAAGCUUAUCAGCAAUUCGUUACUUACAAUCUCAAGCAACUUAUCCAGGAUUUAUGGCAUGAAGGAGCAAGAAUAAUAACGGUGGCAGGUUUGCCACCAAUUGGGUGUUUACCAAUUGUUAUAACCGUGUUCUCCGGCGAACCUUUGACCAACCGUCGUUGUAUUGACCGUUUCUCCACCGUGGCCAUAAACUACAAUUUCUACUUACAAAAAGAAUUGGACCUCAUGCAAAAAAGUUUGGCCCACCUUGGGUCCAAGAUCUUUUACCUAGACGUGUACAACCCACUCUAUGAGAUCAUUCUUGAUCCUCGAAAAUUCGGAUUUGAAGAAGUGAGCAGGGGAUGUUGUGGAAUUGGAUACUUAGAGGCAUCGGUCUUGUGCAAUCCAAAGUCAUAUUUGUGCUCUAAUACAUCUGCUUAUGUCUUUUUUGAUUCCAUCCAUCCAAGUGAGAAGACUUACUUUAUCCUCUUUAAGGCACUCCGACCAAUUAUUGAUUCCUUUCUCGGUUCUUUCUGAAAAUUAUAAUUAGUUAAUACAUCUGAUUGUCACUAUUAGAUAAUUGAUCAGUUGAUCCUAAAUACACUGAUAUCAUGUUUGGUGAUGAAAUGUAGUGAUGGCUUAUGUAAUAAUAAUACAAAUUGAAAUCAAAUGAAAUUUAUAAGUUACUAGA